AUGUCACAAACAAACGACAAGCCAGCAUUACAUUUGGUACCAUCAUUUUAUGGAGUCUAUAUAUUGAAAUCCAUUCCAAAACCUAGGAGAACGUACAUUGGAUCGACCCCUGACCCAAAGCGGAGACUACGACAACACAAUGGUGAUUUGAAAGUUGGUGGUGCAUACCGUACCAAGAAAGACGGAUCUAGACCCUGGACCAUGGUAGUUUUAGUUCACGGUUUCCCAUCACGUAUAGCAGCUUUGCAGUUUGAACAUUCCCUACAACAUGCUUACCAAACUAGACAUAUUAACAAUGACGCUAGAAUAACGAGUAGUUCACGCCAAUCUUCAAUGCAUCUGAAGCUUGCCAACAUACGACUAUUAACAACAUCAUUUGACAAGAUGUCAUUGAAAAUUGCAAUAUUCGAUGAGGAAGUCUAUCGAAUGUGGGUGGAGAAUAAACACAAGAUCGAAUGCAAUGUUCCCUGUACCCUCUUUAAAUUUGACGAAUUCUGUAAUUCCAUACAAGAAAUUGAUAUUGAAGAUGCAAAGAAUAUAUUGCUUGGUAAGCAGUUGGAUUGUAUGGUAUGCAAGGCAUCCAUCGACUAUUUCAAAGACAGUACCCCAAACAUUUCAUCUCGAGAAGAAUUAUCAAAUUACCUAGCAAAAGGAAAUUAUCCAUUAAUUGGUAUUUGUGGUGACCAUGCCUUUCAUUUAAGUUGUAUAGCAAGACAACGAGGUCCUGCUAUGGUCCCAAAGUCUGUCACUUGCACUACAUGUGGCCAGAAACUAGAUUGGUCAGACAUUAUAAAAGUAUCUACAAGACUACGUCAUUAUGUGGUUCAAGAUUCCCUUCAUUUAGCAAUUACACAAUUAUAG